GCCACCGUCACUACUCACGGCCCUCUAUUUAACAGUCACCCUGGCCUCAACGUCCUUCUCCAGUGCUUUUCCCUCUCUUCUUUCCUCCCUCGGUCUUGAUCUCUCACGCUCACGCAUCAAUUCUCCACCCAAAUAUCGCGAUGGAUGCAACGCCACUCGGCAAGAAGGCCCCGCCGGCCACCGCCGAAGGCGCGCUCCCGUCGGCCGCGCAGCAGGCGGUGGAGCGGCCGUCGCCCGACGACGCGGCGGCCUUCGUGAGGACGAGCAGCGGCGGCGAGGACGACGACGAGCAGGUGGAGAGGUUUUACGCUCUGCUGGAAAACAUCCGCGCCAUGAGGGGCAUGCUCGGCGCCGGCGGUGGCACGGGCGCGGCCACGGCGGCGGGGAGGAAGCGGGCGCGGGAGGCCGAGCCGCCGUGGCGGCCGGCGUUCAGGAUGGAGGACUUCGAGCUCGAUGAGGUCCAGUCCGACGCCCCGUGCUGCGACGUGAAGGGGACCGAGAGGGAGAGCAGCUGCGGCGCGAGGCGGCCGCCGGCGGCGCCAGGGAGGGAGACGACGGACGAGGAGGAGGAGGAGGAGGAGGAGGGGGCGAGGUGGUCGUCAUGGAGGCGAAAUGUCCCCGGCGAGCGCAGCGCAAGGCGCGUCGCGCGGUUGUGCUCGCAGUUGACAGGCUAGGCAGUAGAUAGUCAGUUGCACGGAUUAUUGCACGUUUAUGAUGUUAAUUGCCUUUUAGGGAACAUGUAUCAUGUGCUCGCUUUAACUCUGCCAUGUAUGAUAAUUAUUAUAAAGAUUUAAGAGUCAGGUACGUGCACA